UUCCGUCGGCAUAAUUCUCAAGCUCCAUAUGUCCAGUGGCGAAUGGCACCUCCCAUGAAGCAGCCUUUAGUGCCUGUUCAGAAGAAACACGGUGUGAUCCGUAGAGCUAGUGAACGACGUCCCAUGGCACCAGCUCGUGCUCUUGCGGAGUUUGUCCAGUAA